AUGUUCUUCUUCAAGGACCUAUCGCUAAAUAUCACGCUGCAUCCGUCGUACUUCGGCCCACGCAUGCGCGAGUACCUGAAGACCAAGCUGCUGCAGGAGGUGGAGGGGACGUGCACGGGUAAGUUCGGGUAUAUUUUGUGCGUGCUGGACUCGGAAAACAUCGAAAUCGAGCGGGGACGGAUCCUGCCCACCGACGGGUCGGCCGAGUUCACGGUCAAGUACCGGGCAGUGGUGUGGAAGCCAUUCAAGGGCGAGGUGGUGGACGGCAUCGUGUCCAGCUGUACCAACCUGGGCUUUGAGGUGGACGUGGGCCCGCUGAGCGUGUUUGUGUCGCCGUUCCUGAUGCCCGAGGACCUGACGUUCAACAGCGGGUCGAACCCGCCGUCGUACCAGUCGUCGGAGCAGAUCAUCACCAAAGGUUCGCGGGUCCGGCUGAAGAUUGUGGGUGCGCGUAGUGAGGUGAACUCCAUCUAUGCGAUAGGGAGCAUCAAAGAGGACUAUCUCGGUGUCAUUUGA